CCUUUCUGGGACUUUCCAUGUGGUGUUGAGUGCCGAGCUCCACUGGACAGAUAGGUGGAGUGUCCCUUGUCCUUUCCCUUUGGAUCUGAGCAGCAUUAAAGAGCCGACCAUGCCUGGACUUCUGCUGGGAGACGAGUUCCCAAACUUCGAGGCCGACACCACCAUCGGCAGGAUCAAAUUCCACGAUUUCCUGGGCAGCUCGUGGGGCAUCCUGUUCUCCCACCCAAGGGACUUCACACCUGUCUGCACCACUGAGCUGGCCUGUGCCGCGAGGAUCAGUGAUGAGUUCAAGAAGCGAGGUGUGAAGAUGAUUGCCUUGUCCAUUGACAGUGUUGAGGAUCACCGCAACUGGAGCAAGGAUGUGAUGGCAUAUAACAGUGACGCUGAAAGCGCUCUGCCCUUCCCCAUCAUCGCUGACGACAAGAGAGAGCUGGCCGUCCAGCUGGGCAUGCUGGACCCAGAUGAGAGAGACAAGGAUGGGGUGCCCCUCACUGCUCGCUGCGUCUUUGUGAUUGGCCCUGACAAGAAGCUGAAGCUGUCCAUCCUCUACCCUGCCACCACAGGAAGGAACUUUGACGAGUUGCUCAGAGUUAUUGACUCUCUGCAGCUCACUGCGCAGAAGAAGGUUGCCACGCCGGUUGACUGGAAGCCUGGUGAGAAGGUCAUGGUCAUUCCCUCGCUCUCUGAGGCCGAAGCUGCAGCUCUCUUCCCCAAUGGCGUUACAACGAAAGAGGUGCCUUCUGGGAAGAAAUACUUGCGCUACACCCAGCUCUGAAGAUACUUCAUUCUGCUCUACUUUACCGCUUUUUUUUUUGUCUCAGAAAUCCUUGGAUGAUGAUUCACACAUAGAACUGACCAAAAGCAUAGAUGCACUUACCUGGUGUGGUGACUAGUUUUUUCCGUUACGCCACAUGCCCAGCAGUGAACCAGAGAUAUUUAUACUGUCACUGUACAGUGCCUUGUUUACCCUGUCUCAAUAAACACCCUUGUCACA